GCCCCUUCAGCAUGGACGAAUUUAAGCGGAAGUAUUCCAACGAAGAUACCCUGAAAGUGGCCCUUCCCCACUUCUGGGAGCACUUCGACAAAGGCGGUUGGUCCAUCUGGUACGCAGAGUACCGCUUUCCGGAGGAGCUGGCCCAGACUUUCAUGAGCUGCAACCUUAUCACUGGCAUGUUCCAACGUUUGGACAAACUGCGCAAGAACGCCUUCGCGUCCGUCAUCCUCUUCGGCACCAACAACGACAGCAGCAUCUCCGGCGUCUGGGUCUUCCGCGGACAGGACCUCGCCUUCCCGCUGAGCCCUGACUGGCAGGUGGACUACGAAUCCUACACCUGGCGGAAGGUGGACCCGGACAGCGAGGAGUGCAAGGAGCUGGUGAAGGAGUACUUCACUUGGGAAGGCGACUUCAAGCACGUCGGGAAAGCGUUCAACCAAGGCAAGAUCUUCAAAUGAGGCGGCCGGACGACGCCAGCCCCCCCCCUCCCCCAAAUACGGACACGAUGAGGGACAUCUCUCUGGAGCGGCUACCACCGCCGCUGUUAAGGAAGACAAAAAUUUAAACAGAAGACCGACUCAGGCAGCAGGAGAGGCAGUGACAUUCUAAGCUGUGCAUUAAAAUCCUGAGCGCAUUAA